CCUCUGGCCGUUUGGGGCAUCCUGGCUUAGAGAGCAGUCACGCGACAAGCACCAGAAGUCACGCGAGGACAAGGACCUGAGGACACCCCACGUCGUGCAUCGAAGCGCGCUGGCAGAAGAGGGGCAGAGGGGGCUGGAGCAUGAAGAAGAGGAAUUGCCAGGCGGUCCGAUGCAGCGGCAACUUCGGUGACGAUGUGGACUUCAAGGUUAGUGAGGCCCCCGCGGGCUACAAGCGUUUUCCGAAGCUCAGUUGCCGGCCGACAUCGCACGUGGUGGAGCUCGGCGUCGACGGUGAACACGUCCGCCCGGGUAGGGGCGCCCGCCAUUUGAGCCCGUUGGAGUGGCACCAGAUGCUUGCAGAGGGCGGAAGCGAAGAUACAGUUCUCUUGGACACACGCAACGUCUACGAGUCCCGCAUCGGCAGGUUCGAGGGCCACGGCGUCGAGACCAUCGAGGUGAACACCCAGCACUUUGCGCAGUUCCCGGAGUUCGUGGACAGGAACCUGGAGAGGCUGUCAGGGAAGCGCGUGAUGAUGUACUGCACCGGGGGCGUCCGCUGCGAGACCGCAUCGAGCUACCUGCUCUCCAAGGUGGCAGCGGCCGAGGUCGUGCAGCUGAAGGGGGGCAUAUGCCGCUACCUGGAGCAAUUCAGGGACCGACCGCAGGAGGGUUUCUUUCGCGGCAAGAACUUCGUCUUCGACUCGAGGCGCUACGAGCCCACGCACGACGGCUGCGUGACUGGGCGGUGCGACGGUUGCGGUUCGCCGUGGGACGACUACGACAAUGGACCGGAGGCCCGCUGCCAGACCUGCCGCGUCCUGAUGCUCCUGUGCGACGCCUGCCGGGCCUCGCGGGAGGCAGCGACGGCGCCGGCAGCGCUGCUCUGCGGCGGUGCGGCGUGCUCUGGCGAGCGGAUCCGGUGCACCCUCAGAGUGCACCUCUGCACGACCACCGGUCACUUCUGCGUGUAGUCGUUGAGCGUGUCAGGAUGGCAGCCUGCCCAGCCGAGGCGGCGGUGUGCAGGUGCCUUCUGCGCAGGUGCAGCUGCGGCUGCAGCGCCGAGUGCUCCGCAGGGGCCCCUCCGUCUGCCGGCGCACGGGCUUCUUCACCCUGCGGGCAGACGCCCGCGAGGGCGCUGCGGCGGCCCCGCCGCGGCGCCGCCCGCGGGGCGAGCCGCCACGCG